GGAUACUGGAAUCGGGGCUUAAAUUUGGUCCCUUGAGACCAUUUCCACAAACCAUAUCAUUUAAGGCAUACAAAAUGGCUCAACAAAACGUAGGUUUCAGUUAGCCAGAUCAUCGAGGCGUGUGUGUAAGCUCGGCACAGCAGAGUCACAGUUGAAUAAAUCUAGUAUACUAAUACCAUUUUUGUUUUAUGCUUAAAGAGAGAAUUUUAUUAACAUGGGUCUGCUUUCCAAGAAUAUUAUUUUAUUUACUCUACUGUCAUGCCUUGAAGUUCAUGGAGUUUAUCAGGAGAAAUCAAGUAUUAAUCUACCCAGUGAAGAGUACACUAUGAGCUCAGCCCACACCACUGGAAUGGAGGAAACUUCGGCACCUGUCGAGGGAACAUCAACCGUUUUUCCGCCAAUAAGAUGCCUUAGUUGUAAAUACUGCUCUCCCAACGAGGGUAAAUCUAAAACUGAGAAGGGAAAAAAGAUGUGUCCCAUAGUAUUGGGCGAACUGAACGGAUGCGUAUCCAUGUUCUUCAACUUCCCCAACAGCGCUGGAGGACCAGAUGGCUAUAUGGAGAGAAGUUGCAUUUCCGACAUGGACGAAUUUUCGUUGGUACACUGUGCGAAACAUGAAAAGCUCUGCGAGAAGUGCUUCGAUGAUGAUUGCAACUAUGUGGAAAUAGACCAACAUGGUUUGGUCACGAAUGCAGGCUCGCGAAUAAUGUACUCGAGUCUAAUGAUCUUCUGUUUAACCGGAUGGCUUUUCAGGAGUGAAAAAUGCACCGUGGUUUUAUUAUAAGCAUUUUCAGCCUGUCACAUUGGAAACCUAACUUAUGUAGUUCGCGAUGUCACCAUGCUGACUAAAAUGUUACAUUUUGUUAAGUGAGUUACCUAGAAUGCAAAACUUUAACUUUAACUUGCGACAUUACCAGCCUGCUCUAGUUCGCGAAUUCUCUAUUACACUUUAAUGAACUUUUUUGACCUAACUGUCAUUUUUAUUGUUUCAAUAAAUACAUAUAUACGUAUAUAUA